UCCAAGAGCCACGCCCAGCAGCUGGCCCACCUGGCGGCGUCACACCCCACCUGUCUGGAUGACGUGGCAGUGGGUCGCCUUGGCAACAUCCUGAUGUACCAGAGCAGCGCGAGGCUCUUCCACUGCUCCCAGUGCUUCCACACCUGUAAGGACUUCAGCAAGCUGUACAAACACAUCAUCGCCCGGCACUGCAUGGUGGAGAAGGAGGAAGAGGGAGGAAGAGGAGGAGAGGAAGGACAGGAAGCAGAGGAGGUGGGAGGAGAGAAGGAUGAAGAAAAGCUGGAGGGUUCGAAAAGAAAGAGGAGCAGUGAUGAAGAGGAGGAGAGACCUGAAAGUAAAAAGAAGUGUGAGGAUGAAGAUGGAGAGAAAACAGCUGCUGAAAGGAAGCAGGGUGAGGAAGAGGAGGGAAAGAUGAAGAGAGAGGAGGGAAAGAUGAAGAGAGAGGAGGGAAAGAUGAAGAGUGAGGAGGAAGAGGGGGGAAAGAUGAAGAGAGAGGAGGAAGAGGAGACAGAGAAGAAGGAGGAUAAGGAGCAGCGUGAGCAGAAGGCCAGUGAGGAAGAGAAGCAGUACGUUCUGACGUUCGACGGCGUUCUGUUCCACUGUAAGAUCUGCGGCUGGAGCCACAGGCAGCGCUCCGUCUCCGUCAGCCACAUCGUUCGCAAACACGAGAUCCCCAAGAGCUACGCCAGCCACGCCCUGGCCAAGAGCCGGCAGCUGCAGACGGGCCGGGCCGAGGAGGAGGACGGCGCCGGGAUGAGCGAGGAGCUGAUGAAGGAGGAGAUGGAGGUGGCGGCGCGGUGGGUGGGCUCCGUCUCCCACCGCUUCGUCUGCCUUGUCUGCAACUGGAAGAGCAAACUGAAAGGUUUCGUUCUGACCCACGUAGAGCGCCACCAUGAGGUGGAGCGGCCGUACCGCUGCAGCUCCUGCCCCCAGAGCUUCUUCCUGCCCAGCCGGCUGCAGCAGCACGCCCGCACCGCCCACCGGCCCGGCCGCUACGCCUGCCCCUUCUGCUGGUUCCGCUCCGAGGUCCUGGGCGGCUUCAGGAGGCACUGCAGCCGCUGCAGCGCCCGCGAGGAGGAGGAAGAGCAGGAGAGGAAGGAGCCAGAGCCGGAGGACAGGAAGGAGACCAGAGGGAUGAGGAGGUGCAGGAGCCUGGGGAGGAGGAUGGAGGAGGAAGAGCUGGAGGAGGAGGAGGAUGACUAACACUAAAUAAACUAGAAAAAUCUCCA